AGUACAACUGGUUAUUAGAUAAUCACCAGCUCUGCCACCUCCAGCUGCAGCACCCCUGCUUGGACUGUGCCUGCUGAGAGGGGGUCCCUUUGGGUGCAUCUGGGGUGGAUUCAGCACCAUGGUGCAACAAGCUGGUCUGCUCCAUGAAGGGGGUCUGUCUGCCAGUAGAAGAAGCCCUUGCAUGGUAUAUUGAAACAUGCAUUAGCUCCUGCUCCCCCCCCUCUAUGAGGAUAUCUCCAAAUAACAGCACUGCACUGGGGUAAUUAGAAGAUGAAAGCCCUGCUGGGGUAGCCACCCUUCUCCUGCCCUGGUCCAUCUGCACCCCCUACAUUUGCUGGUGGAGCUUAGGUGCCCCUGUGCCCAGAGGAUGCUGCUGAUGAGCAGGAGGCAGAUGUCCCUUCAUACUGGAGACCGACCACUAGCCAAUGUGAGCCAUGACUUCAAAAUACCAGUCUGAUUGGAUCCCAUACAGUGCUUUGGACGAUGAAAGCAGCAGCUUACGGCAGCAGAAACUUGACAGACAGCGUGCACUCCUAGAGCAAAAACAGAAGAAGAAGCGUCAGGAGCCUCUGAUGGUCCAAUCCAAUGUGGACGGACGGACCAGGACUCGGAAGAUGAAGCAGUCCGAGGAACAAGCGCCGCUGGUCGAGUCGUAUAACAGCAGCAAUAAUAGCACCAUUUAUCACGUGCAGGAGGCUGAUCGGGACGAUUCCCAGGCGUUAGCAGAGCCCCAGCCUCCAAAAUCCACUAAAAAAGCUAAAUCGACGGGAUCUGCUGGCUGUCCGACGGGCAGCGCCAGAAAGGAGAGAAAGGGCAAACAGAAAGGCAUCGACGGACCAGCUGCUUUUCAAGAAGACGCACAAGACCCCGGAAGCCACGUCCAGAUCCUCACGGUGGGACAGUCCACCCGUGAAGAUGAAGAUGGAGAAACGACGGGGACCAGCCAACAGCAAAGCAAACAGGACCUGCGUGUGACCAUGCAGAAAAAAGGUAUAUCAAGCAGCAUGAACUUCGAUGAGGAAGAAGACGAAGAAGACGAAGACAGCUCAAGUUCCUCCCAGCUGAACAGUAACACUCGGCCGGGGUCUGCGACAAGCAAAAAGUCCAAUAAGGAAACUGCCUCAGCCUCCAGUCCUCCCUCCAACGAGCCGCCCGUUGACGUGGAAGAUCUCGAACAGUUUUCCAUUAGGCCCGCUCCUCAGGGAGUCACCAUCAAAUGCCGAAUCACGCGAGACAAAAAGGGAAUGGACCGAGGAAUGUACCCCACGUAUUACCUCCACCUGGAGAGGGAGGAUGGAAAAAAGGUCUUUCUAUUGGCCGGCAGAAAACGCAAGAAGAGCAAGACUUCCAAUUACCUCAUUUCUAUCGACCCCACUGACCUCUCGCGCGGGGGAGAAAGUUUCAUCGGCAAACUUCGAUCAAAUCUCAUGGGCACGAAGUUUACCGUCUACGACAGCGGGGUAAAUCCGGUGAAAACUUCUUCGACUUUGGACGCCAGUAACCUGCGCCAGGAACUCGCCGCCAUCUGUUAUGAGACAAACGUCUUGGGUUUCAAGGGACCCCGUAAAAUGAGUGUUAUUAUUCCUGGAAUGAAUAUGGACCACGAGAGAGUCUCCAUCAGGCCACGUAACGAGCACGAGACGCUUCUCUCUCGAUGGCAGAACAAGAACACGGAAAGCGUCAUCGAGCUUCAUAACAAGACGCCGGUGUGGAACGACGACACUCAGUCUUACGUGUUGAAUUUCCACGGGCGCGUCACGCAGGCUUCAGUAAAGAAUUUCCAAAUUAUCCACGAUAACGAUCCGGAUUACAUUGUGAUGCAGUUCGGUCGCGUGGCGGAGGACGUAUUUACCAUGGACUAUAAUUACCCGAUGUGCGCGCUGCAGGCCUUCGCUAUCGCUCUCUCCAGCUUCGAUAGUAAAUUGGCCUGCGAGUAAGACGUAGACCGCCGACGAGAGCGUCGAGGAGAGUGUUGAGGAGAGCGUCGAGGAGAGCGCAGAGGAGAGCGUUGAGGAGAGCGCGUGGCUCCCACCACAUUUUCGUGUCUUAAUCUCACUGUCCACCGGGCUGUCCACCGGGCUGUUCAUCGGGCUGGACUGACCUUACGAUGUUACAAUGUAUCUUGGUUGCCAUAGAAACGGAUAGCGAGAGAGAGAAAUAAACUUUUAGUGUUUACGCA